AUGACCGGAAGCACCGAGACUCGCCACAACGAGAAGGACGUUAAGGAGCCACAGGUCGACUCUGACGCCGACUCUGACAACGAGGCUAUUGAGCACCAGCUCACCGAGGAGCAGAGACGCGUCGCUGAGGCCGCUGGACUCGGAGACCACAUCGACAAGCAGGCUAAGCAGAGCCGCUCCGAGAAGAAGGCUCGCAAGCUCUUCUCCAAGCUCGGACUCAAGCAGGUCACCGGAGUCUCCCGCGUCUGCAUCCGCAAGUCGAAGAACAUCCUCUUCGUCAUCAACAAGCCAGACGUGUUCAAGAGCCCAGGAUCUGACACCUACAUCAUCUUCGGAGAGGCCAAGAUUGAGGAUCUUACCCAGCACGCCCAGAUGUCCGCUAUCGAGAACAUGAAGCCAACUCGUGAGGCUCCACAACUCAAGACCGUCGAGGAGGACGACAACGAAGAUGUUGAGGAGGACUCCACUGGAAUCGAAGAGAAGGACAUCGAACUUGUCAUCUCCCAAGCCAAUACCACUCGUAACAAGGCCAUCAGGGCGCUCAAGGAUGCCGACAACGACAUCGUCAAUGCUAUCAUGAGCCUUACCAUGUAG